GCGUGUGCUGAUUCUGACCAGUCAUCCACCAUCUCUCAGAAUCUUCACUCUUUUAUCCAUUUCAGAUAUACUCAACAAAAUCCAACAGACCCUUUAAAAAUGGCACUCACUUCAAUCUCUCUUCUUCCGAUCAAGCCCAUAAACAACAACCCUACGUGCUGUUAUUCUUGUUGCUCUAAUAAUACUAGGUCUAGCACUAUACUUUCCAAGUCCACUGCUGCACUUUCCAAAUUGCAACCUCAAAAACAUGCAACAGAACCAAAGAAAUGGAGAGGUCUGGUUUCGACUGCAUUGGCGGCUGCUGUGAUUGCAUUUAGCUCUGAUUUUUCGGCUUUGGCAGAUCUUAAUAAGUUUGAAGCUGAUAUACGAGGGGAAUUCGGGAUAGGGUCUGCUGCACAAUAUGGUUCUGCUGAUCUCAGGAAGGCUGUGCACACAAAUGAAAAUUUCAGGAGAGCAAAUUUUACAUCUGCUGAUAUGAGGGAAUCAGAUUUCAGUGGAUCAACAUUCAAUGGUGCAUAUAUGGAAAAGGCUGUUGCAUAUAAAGCAAAUUUCAGCGGUGCAGAUUUGAGUGAUACAUUGAUGGAUCGCAUGGUUCUUAAUGAAGCUAAUCUAAAAGAUGCGGUACUUGUUAGAUCUGUUCUCACUCGUAGUGACCUCGGAGGUGCUCUUAUUGAAGGUGCAGACUUUAGUGACGCUGUUUUGGACCUGCUUCAGAAACAGGCACUCUGCAAGUACGCGAGUGGGACAAAUCCAACAACAGGAGUUAGCACCAGAACAAGUUUAGGGUGUGGAAACAGUCGACGUAAUGCUUAUGGAACCCCAUCUUCUCCUCUGCUAAGUGCUCCAGCUCCUAAGCUGCUUGACCGAGAUGGAUUCUGCGAUCCUGCUAGUGGUCUUUGUGAUGCGAAAUGAGUGGCUUGCAGAAGAUAAACAUGACAUACAUCUUUAAGCUCUAGUUAUAAAUAUUAUGCUUGUAAAGACUGGACUUAUGUAACAUGAAAUGUAAUGUUGCGGAAUGAGGAAUGGAUACAAAGAGUUUGAUACAUGAAAA